ACGCAACAGCCAGCCGACCAGAAAAAAAGAAAAAUUCAAUCGGUCUGCCGCCGCCGCCGCCGCCGCGGUCACGACCGGAUCUCGUCCUCCUCCCGGCCUAGCAGACGGCGAUGGCGGCGAGGGCGCUUGGGCUCGCCGGCCGAGCGCUCCUGCGGCCGAUCUCCUCACCGGGCUCCCACCGGCUGCUGUCCACUGACAAGAGCCCACUGCAAGGCCUCGCGAACGCCGGUGAUCCGAUGAGCCGCCCCAUCAUGCAAGCACGGAACCAGACUGACGGCGGUUUUUCCCGUCUUGCUGAGAACAGAUUCACAGCAGGUGGUGGCAGGAUGGGUGGAAACGGGUUCACAGCCGGUGGUGGCAGGAUGGGUGGAAACGGGUUUGCAGUCGGUGGUGGCAGGAUGGGUGGAAACGGAUUCACAGCCGAUGGUGGCAGGCCAGGCCGGUUUAACAUGGAAAUGCUGCGGCCAGCAGGGGCUCCUCGAGUAAAGAGGGACGUUCUCCACGUCACGCUCAAGGGGAAGAAGACCUUUGUGACUGUGACGGACGUCAAGGGGAACAGGAAGGCUGGGGCUUCCGCUGGCUGCUUGGAGGAUCGAAAGGGGCGGUCUCGUCUUGCUCGGUAUGCCGGUGAAGCAACAGGGGAACACAUGGGGCGAGUUGCCAGCAAGAUUGGCCUCAAGUCGGUCGUCGUGAAGGUGAAAGGAUACUCCUUUUUCAGGAAGAAGAAGAAGGUGAUCAUGGGCUUCGCAGAUGGUUUCAGGGGCGAAAGAGUGAGAACCCCGUCUCCUAUCAUGUAUGUCCAUGACGUGACCCAGCUUGCGCAUAAUGGAUGCCGGCUGCCCAAAAAGGUACGGAAGUAAGACUGAUAAUAGCCCCCAGCAAGAAGUGUGGAGAUCCAUAUCCUGUCCCAAGGAGAAGCAAAUUAAGAACGAUAUGUAUGUAUCGACAGGUUUCGUAAUAAUAUCAUGAGCAUGGAAGUAUUUAUGAAUACUUAUUAGACAGUCUUAGAUUGGCUCUUGCCAGACAAAACAUUUUGUCAUUUCCUGUAAUGUUGCUCGAGUGAUGGAUUUGUUUUGAUAUGACAUGGUUGCAUUGCAUGCAGGUCCCUCUCCUUCUGUGGGUUUCCUAUAUAAUGACAGCACUGCGAGUGUAUGUCUGUUGAGAUGCUACUAAUUUCUUUAUUUGCAAGUGUAAAAGUUUGAAGUUUCACGUAA